AUGGUGAGCAGGUUUUGUUUUGUAUCCUUGCUGAUAGCUUGUUGGCCAAUUUUUGGAGUUUUUGGGGAAGUUUUCUUCAAGGAGGAAUUUUCAGAUGAGUCUUGGACCGAUCGAUGGGUGCAAUCUAAGCACAAAAGCGACUACGGGAAAUUUGAGCUUUCUUCUGGAAAAUUUUUUGGUGACAAGGAACGCGAUCAGGGCCUUAAAACUUCUCAAGAUGCUCGCUUCUAUAGCAUUUCUGCCAAAUUCCCAAAGAAGUUUAGCAACAAAGGAAAGACUUUGGUAAUUCAGUUCAGCAUCAAACAUGAACAGGACAUUGAUUGUGGUGGCGGUUAUCUUAAACUCAUGGCCUCAACAAUUAAUCAAGAUGAUUUCCAUGGCGAAACACCUUACCACCUUAUGUUUGGCCCUGAUAUUUGCGGACCUGGAACGAAGAAAGUUCAUGUCAUCAUUAACUACAAGGACAAGAACCAGCUCAUUAAAAAGGAUAUUCGAUGCAAGGAUGAUGUGCUUACUCAUUUGUACACGCUGAUUCUCAAUCCAGACAACACCUAUGAAGUUCAAAUUGAUGGAGAGAAGGCAGAAAGUGGAGAACUUGAGGCUGAUUGGGAGUUGUUGCCGGAAAAGAAAAUUAAGGAUCCUGAUGCUAAGAAGCCUGAGGAUUGGGAUGAGACUGAGUACAUUGAUGAUCCUGAAGAUAAAAAGCCCGAAGAUUGGGAUAAGCCUGAGACCAUUCCUGAUCCAGAUGCGAAAAAGCCAGAGGACUGGGAUGACGAUAUGGACGGAGAAUGGGAGGCACCAAAAAUUGAUAAUCCAAAUUACAAAGGAGAAUGGAAACCCAAGCAGAUUAAGAAUCCAAACUACAAAGGCAAAUGGAUUCAUCCGGAAAUUGACAACCCUGAUUACAAAGUUGAUGAUGAACUCUAUAUGCGUGAAGAUUGGGGCUCUGUUGGUAUUGAUAUCUGGCAGGUUAAAUCUGGCACAAUCUUUGACAAUAUCAUUGUGACGGACAGCAUUGAUGAAGCAAAGGCUCAUGCAAAGGAAACAUUUGAGCCAUUGCGCGAUGCUGAAAAGAAACAAAAGGAGGCUGCAGAUGAGGAAGAACGCAAGAAGUUUGAGUAUGUUUUAUGA